GUAUAGCAGACGCGGAAGUGCCAACGAAAACAAAACUGACAAAAUGUUUGACGUUUUUACAGCCGUACUAUAUUUCCGCGAUUUGUAAUAAUCGUAGUCCUUGGGUUUAAAAUGACACUUUGCUUGCGUAUAACUCAUACACACCCAUAAUACUAAUUGUAUAAUGGUACACUUAGCACGCUACAAGACUGAAAGUUCUUGUUCUUGUUAUUGGAGCAAAAGAAAUAGCAUUUCCACUUCACGAAUCGGAUCAUCAGGAUGGAAAAUGGUACCGCAGCCUCUAAAGGAGAGGGAUUCCUCUCCAGAAUGGCCCUCAACGACAACAAAGCUGGUAUGGAGGGUCUUGACAGAGACAAAAUCAAUAAGAUCAUCAUGGAGUCAUCGAAGGGAUCCAAGUUUUAUGAGAAUGAACUCAAGAGGGAGCAUCAGGUGAACCAGCGCAUUGAGAAAAUGAUGCUGCAAAAAGCACAGAUCACAGAACAACAGUUAAAGAAAGCCCAAGCUCAGGUGGAGAGGAUGGCCUCUGAGUUGGAGAAGAGUCGUGACCUAAGCCGCGUGAUUGUGCAUGUGGACAUGGAUGCUUUCUACGCUGCAGUGGAGAUGAGAGACUGUCCUGACCUCAAGGACAAGCCCAUGGCUGUUGGGUCCAUGAGCAUGCUGUCCACGUCCAACUACCAUGCCAGGAAAUAUGGUGUUCGGGCCGCUAUGCCAGGGUUCAUAGCCAAAAAACUUUGCCCUCACUUAGUCAUCGUUCCAUGCAACUUUGAUAAAUACAAAUCAGUGAGCAAUGAGAUCAGGGAGAUAUUUGCAGACUAUGAUCCUCAUUUCCAGCCAAUGAGUCUGGAUGAAGCCUAUCUGGAUUUUACAGAGCACCUGGAACUGAGGAAGAACUGGCCAGAGGCCUCACGAACACAUCGCUACAGCUCCAGCGGCACUGAUAUAGGUAUAGAACAACCUGAGCAUCAACAGGAAUCCGAGGUGAAAGGCUUCUCCCCUGUGCUAUUUGAAGAUAGCCCAAAUUCCUCUCAGUCCUUGUCAAGUCCUGAAGCUGCCGAUGCCACGGGUAAAACUGCUGAGCUUUUUGGUACCUCUGUUGAGGAGGCUGUGAAGGAGAUGCGUUUCCGCAUUGAGCAGAAGACCAUGCUGACUGCCAGCGCAGGCAUUGCUCCAAACAUGAUGCUGGCCAAGGUAUGCAGUGACAAGAACAAGCCGAACGGACAGUACAGACUUGCAUCCACCAGAGAGGCUGUCAUGGACUUCAUCCAGAACCUCCCAGUUCGCAAAGUUUCAGGCAUCGGGAAGGUGAGCGAAAAGAUGCUGAAUGCUCUGGACAUCAGUAGCUGUGCUCAUCUGGGACAACAGAUGGCGCUGUUGUCAUUGUUGUUUUCAGAGACAGCCUGGCAUCACUUUAUGCAGGUUUCCUUGGGUCUGGGGUCCACAUAUAUCAUGAGGAACGAAGAAAGAAAAAGCAUGAGCACAGAGAGAACAUUUAAAGAAUUAAACAAGCCUGAUGAACAGCUGUCUUUAUUGAGAGAGCUUUGUGAAGACCUAGCACAAGACCUAAAGAAAGAAGAUCUCAAGGGUAAAAACAUCACACUAAAAGUGAAGAAUGUCAACUUUGAGGUGAAAACCAGAGCACUGACGCUACCGUGUGCCAUCGCCACCGCCGAUGAGAUCUUUGCUGUGGCCAAAGACCUUCUUAAGAUGGAAAUUGAGAACGAAAGUCCACAGCCACUCAGACUGAGACUCAUGGGUGUCCGUAUCUCUUCCUUUGUCAGCCCGGAUGAUAAAAAGCCUCUGCAGAAGAGCAUCGUUGGUUUCCUCCAAUUGGGAAAGGCAGACGUCCGAGGCUCCACCCAAUAAGUGCGCCAACAAUUUGAAGGGAAUCAUCUCUCCUCUUGUCCUCCUCUCACAGCACAAACAUGUCAGACUAAAGAGGAGGUUACUUGGCAGAUGAAGAAAAAGAACUUACUCGAGGACCAGCCUGCUGCUAGAUCUCAGCUGUCUUUCUUUCAAAGAGCCCACGCCAAGAGACUUCAGCUUCAAGUUUGUCCACAAGAGCGAGAAAAUGAGCAGAGCAUAUCUGUUGUUAAACUCAGGGAUGAUGACGCACAUAAAAGAGCAGAGUCGCCCAAAAAGGACAUGAGGCCAAAAGGUGCAACCUUGAAGCUUUCAGAAAUUGAUGGCAUUGAGGCUCAUCCGUCUACAUCAAGCUCAUCAUUGAACUGCCUCACCUGUCCUGUGUGUUUCGGCCAUGUUAGCACAGACGAUUUGAAAGUAUUCAACAGCCAUAUAGACUGGUGUCUCACCAAACAAGAGUUCCAUGUACCAGAUUUAAACAAGGACCAUGAAGGAAUUGAGGUGCCAAGGACUGAAACACACAAAGACCAAGUCAAGAAUAAUGAACAAGUCAAGCCGAAUCACUUGAUAAAUGAUUGUGUUCACAACACCACGUUGAUCAACGGCGACAGCAUGACUACACAUCGGCCUCGGUCGUGUCACGACAAAGGUCCCCUCCUCGUCUGCCCGGUGUGUCAGCUGACCCAGGACACAAAUGACCUCACUGUCUUUAAUCGCCAUGUUGACCUCUGCCUGAACCAGGAAGUGCUGGAGGAGAUGGGGACAUCACCCUCAGUUGAAAUCGCAAAGAGCAAUGCAAUAGAUAUCCCCCCGACGAGGCAUGCAGGUAGAGGUAAAAGCAAAAGACGAGACCCACCCUCGUAUCAACCCUCUAAAAAGGCCAAAGGUUUGAGCGCUCACAACACCAUUGACAAGUUCUUCAGGUGACGGCACAGGAAGUUAGAAAAGCUGAAAAAAAA